AUGGCUCGCAAAAAGAUCAUCCUUGACCGCAUCCCGAACGAUGCAACUAGGCGCGCGACGUUCAAGAAGCGCCGUCGGGGCCUGGUGAAGAAGGCAAGCGAGCUAGCUACGCUUUGUGAUGUCGACACUUGCUUGGUAGUGUACGGCGAGGGGGAGACAGAACCAGAGGUGUGGCCUUCGAUGGAGGGCGCCAAGGCCGUCCUCGAGCACUUCAAGGCGCUACCGGAGAUGGAUCAGUGCAAGAAGAUGAUGAACCAGGAGGACUUCCUCAGGCAGCGCAUCACCAAGCUCAUGGAGCAGAUACGUAAAAUGGGUCGCGAGAACCAUGAGCGCGAAACCACGCUGCUGCUCCACCAGGCCCUCUCCGGUCACCUCGGCAACUACAAUGGCAUCACAGUCGAGCAGCUCACCAGCCUCGACUGCAUUGUGAGCACCAAGCUCAAGGUUGUCUCCGAUUGCCUUGCUGAGCUCCGUGCGCAGAACGACGUGUUGGUGUCACCACUACCGGUGCUCCUGCCGCUGUCGCCUGCUCCUCCGUCAAUGGCAGCGCCUGUCAUGGCAGCACGCCAUGCCUUCGCCACCUCCGCCAUACUGGGCCCGCCACCGGGCUUUGAGGGGAUAAACAUCAACCAAGUUGACCAUGACCAGAACUCCUGGCUCAUGGACGUCGCCAAGAAUGGAGGCGACCUUGGCGCCUUGGUCUUUAGUGGCUUUGUCGGCACCUCCAACGGUGCCAGCACAAGCACCUCCAGCCUAGACAUGAAUGUUUUCUCCACCAACCCGGAUAUGGCGGGGUACGGGUGGUCUUGGGAUGACUCUGUCGGCCUUUCUUUCCCUCCCAUGUAA